AUUUGUGUAAAUUACUACUGCAACAAGUCUCCGCAUAAGCCCUAGGAACGCUUUAUAAACCCUCAGAUCCGCUUCUCCUUUCACUUCUCUGAAUCAUUCUCUGCGACUAGGGUUUCAAUUCGAGUCUCAAUAUCUGCUCAUAUCUGAAACAAAGUUCUCAAACAUUUUACCAUGGGUAAGGAGAAGGUUCACAUUAACAUUGUGGUCAUUGGCCAUGUCGACUCCGGAAAGUCGACCACCACUGGUCACUUGAUUUAUAAGCUUGGUGGUAUUGACAAGCGUGUCAUUGAAAGGUUCGAGAAGGAGGCUGCUGAGAUGAACAAGAGGUCCUUCAAGUAUGCCUGGGUGCUCGACAAACUCAAGGCUGAGCGUGAGCGUGGUAUCACCAUUGAUAUUGCCUUGUGGAAGUUUGAGACCACCAAGUACUACUGCACUGUCAUUGAUGCACCUGGACACCGUGACUUUAUCAAGAACAUGAUUACUGGUACCUCACAGGCUGACUGUGCCGUCCUCAUUAUCGAUUCCACCACUGGUGGUUUUGAAGCUGGUAUUUCUAAGGAUGGUCAGACCCGUGAGCAUGCGUUGCUUGCUUUCACUCUUGGUGUCAAGCAAAUGAUCUGUUGCUGCAACAAGAUGGAUGCCACCACACCAAAAUACUCCAAGGCUAGGUAUGAUGAAAUUGUGAAAGAAGUUUCCUCCUACCUCAAGAAGGUUGGAUACAACCCUGACAAGAUCCCAUUCGUCCCAAUUUCUGGUUUUGAGGGAGACAACAUGAUUGAGAGGUCCACCAACCUGGACUGGUACAAGGGCCCGACCCUCCUUGAGGCUCUUGACCUGAUUCAGGAGCCCAAGAGGCCCUCAGACAAGCCCCUCCGUCUCCCACUUCAGGAUGUUUACAAGAUUGGUGGUAUUGGUACUGUCCCUGUUGGUCGUGUGGAGACUGGUAUCUUGAAGCCUGGUAUGGUUGUCACCUUCGGCCCAUCUGGCCUGACCACUGAAGUUAAGUCUGUUGAGAUGCACCACGAAUCAAUGCAGGAAGCUCUUCCUGGUGACAAUGUCGGGUUCAACGUGAAGAAUGUUGCUGUCAAGGAUCUCAAGCGUGGUUAUGUUGCCUCCAACUCAAAGGAUGACCCUGCUAAGGAAGCCGCAAACUUCACCUCCCAGGUCAUCAUCAUGAACCACCCUGGCCAGAUUGGAAACGGAUACGCCCCAGUGCUUGACUGUCACACCUCUCACAUUGCUGUUAAAUUUGCGGAGCUUGUGACCAAGAUUGACAGGCGUUCCGGUAAGGAACUUGAGAAGGAGCCCAAAUUCUUGAAGAAUGGUGAUGCUGGAUUUGUUAAGAUGAUUCCCACCAAGCCCAUGGUUGUGGAGACUUUCUCAGAGUACCCACCACUUGGUCGUUUUGCUGUCCGCGACAUGCGUCAAACGGUUGCUGUUGGUGUCAUCAAGAGUGUUGAGAAGAAAGACCCAAGCGGUGCCAAGGUGACCAAGGCUGCUGCUAAGAAGGGUGCCAAGUGAACCUUGCUGGUUCCUGGGUCUGCCUUUAGUGCCAGUAAACUUUAUAUUACUAGUUUACUUCCAAAAAACAUUUUCCGUACUUCCUUAUUAGGUCCAUUUUAUUGCACGUUGUGUUGUAAUUUUCCGCCUUGUAUGCUGGGCAGCCAUUCCCAGAAUUGGGUGCUUGACAGGCGGUGGCGGAACGUCUUGCAUUAUUUUUGGUUUGUCUUUUUUGUUCUGAGAUGCUGUCUUUACCUGUCAGCUUGGAGAUAUGUGAUUUAUUUUCGCGGAUAAUUAUAAUUAAACUUUUUCAUUAUUGUCCCAA